AGCAAGCUGUAGGUAUUUGUGUGAAGUGGAAUCUGUGGUGGAUUCUAGUGCAGAUAUAACAGAACUCCCCCUGAGUUGCUUUUCCUCAACAUUGAGUGAGUCCAUAAUUUUCCCCUCUGAGUUAUAUGGAAGCCUACCACCAGUAUCAUCUAAAGUGGCAUACAGGAGGCUGAAGUUAGCUGGACAUUGUUAGACACCUGGAGAAAGUGGCAUCGAAACUAGUUCUGUGGCAACUACUGAGUGGCAAGCGGACCGUGGGCAGGCAGGCUGUAUCCUACAUAGAUGUUCUGAUGAAUGACAAAUCUUGGAAGUGUUGAGGAACUACAGAUGACCAUGAUGGACAGGGAGGGGCGAGAUGUGCAGACUUGAAGCGAGCGGAAGUUCGGCCGAAGUAAGAACUGUGUGAGGACAUGAAAACAGAAACAUCCAAAGACGGAGGGAUGUCAGAAAUCUGUGUGAAGAAAGAGGAGAUGCUGGAACUGAAAAUCUACAACGAUGAAGAUGACCUUGACAACACACCUGAAGUUAUCUCUGUUAAAGUGGAAGAGCCUGACAAUGAAGACUACCUCUGUAAGACAUCAGGCCACUCUGACUGUGAAGUUUGCAAAUCUUUCUUCCUCAACAAAUGUGAGGUUCAUGGACCACCCCUCUUCAUCCCAGAUACUCCUGUUCCCAUGGGAGUCCCUGACCGAGCCAGACAAACUCUUCCUUCUGGGCUAGAAAUCCAGAAGUCCAGUAUUCCUGAUGCAGGCCUGGGAGUGUUUAAUAAGGGGGAGACUAUUCCAGUAGGUGCGCACUUCGGACCCUACCAGGGAGAGCUGGUAAACAGAGAGGAAGCCAGGAACAGUGGAUACUCCUGGGUUAUAUACAGGAACAUGCAGUGUGAAGAAUACAUCGACGCCAAAAGAGAGAUGCAUGUGAAUUGGAUGAGGUAUGUGAAUUGUGCCUGUAAUGAUGAAGAACAGAACCUUGUGGCAUUUCAGUAUCGAGGGGGAAUUCUGUAUCGUUGCUGUCGACCCAUUAACCCAGGACAGGAGCUUUUGGUGUGGUUUGAAGAGGAGUACGCUAAAGAAUUCAGUCCUGCACCUACAGGAACAACCAGACAGCAAGAAGUAAAGAACACUCUGCUGCAAGUUUUUUCCUGCUCCAUAUGUCCUUGUUCCUAUGCAUCUCAAAUUUACCUAGACAAACACAUCCAGAGAUGCCAUUAUGAAGAGUAUGUGAGACCUUGGGAAUCAAGAGAGAUUAAAUAUGAACUUCAGAUCCCCUCCAGAUGCUCCAGUAGUCAGUCAACAUCAACUGAUACUCUCAGUUCUGGUACUUCUCACAAUAAUAUACAGAAGGGAAUUCACCACUGCUCACAGUCUGGAAAGAAUUUUGGUCAUCAGAAUGCACUCAAGACAAACCAGUGCAGUCACACAGGAGAGAAGCCGUAUCACUGCUCACAGUGUGGAAAGAGUUUUACUGAACUGGGCGCUCUCCAACGACACCAGCGCAUUCACACAGGAGAUAAACCAUAUCACUGCUCACAGUGUGGAAAGAGUUUUACUCUUCAGAGUCAUCUCCAAAGACACCAGCGCAUUCACACAGGAGAGAAGCCGUAUCACUGCUCACACUGUGGAAAGAGUUUUACUCAGCAGAGUAAUCUCCAACAACACCGGCGCAUUCACACAGGAGAGAAGCCGUAUCACUGCUCACAGUGUGGAAAGAGUUUUCCUCAGCAGAGUGCUCUCCAAAAACACUGGCGCAUUCACACAGGAGAGAAGCCGUAUCACUGCUUACAGUGUGGAAAGAGUUUUCCUCAGCAGAGUACUCUCCAACAACACCAGCGCAUUCACACAGGAGAGAAGCCGUAUCACUGCUCACAGUGUGGAAAGAGGUUUACUCUUCAAAGUUAUCUCCAAAAACACCAGCGCAUUCAUGCAGGAGAGAAGCCGCAUCACUGCUCACAGUGUGGAAAGAGUUUUACUCGUCAGAGUGAUCUCCAACAACACCAGCACGUUCACACAGGAGAGAAGCCAUAUCACUGUCCACAGUGUGGAAAGAGUUUUACUCGUCAGAGAAGUUUUCAACAACACCAGCGCAUUCAUACAGGAGAGAAGCCGCAUCACUGCUCACAGUGUGGAAAGAGUUUUACUCGUCAGAGUGAUCUCCAAAAACACCAGCGCAUUCACACAGGAGAGAAGCCAUAUCACUGCUCACAGUGUGGGAAGAGUUUUACUCAGCAGAGUAAUCUCCAAACACACCAGCGCAUUCACAGAGGAGAGAAGCCGUAUCACUGCUCACAGUGUGGAAUGAGUUUUACUCGUCAGUGUCAUCUCCAAAAACACCAGCGUGUUCACACAGGAGAGAAACCGUAUCACUGCUCACAGUGUGGAAAGAGUUUUACUCAGCAGAGUACUCUCCAACAACACCAGCGCAUUCACACAGGAGAGAAGCCACAUCAGUGCUCACAGUGUGGAAAGAGGUUUACUUAUUCAGUUACAUUUAAGACCCACAAGUGCACUAACUCAGAGACAUUGCAUGAUUUAAAGUAGUCAAGUUAAAUAUGGUUAUUACUGUU